AUGACGCGGCCGCAAUCGGGUGGCAGAGCUAGGCCACCUAUGGACCAGCCAGAGGGCUGGGGUCAUCAACUACAAGGCCAUCACUACACUUCGCAGCAGGCACGGGGCAACGACGAUCUGUAUGCUCGAAUAGGGCACGUAGAAACAGCUGCCGCGGUACCCGGCCGCCGCGGCGCGGCAGCGCCUGCGGCAGGACCGCCGCCGAGGCGAACUACCGGCAGCUGUGAUGGAGCCCGGCCGCAGCCAGCAGACCUGGAGGUCACCUUGUCGCCGCCAUCUGUGGCUCCCGCGGCGGCGCUUGUCGCCGGAAGCGGCAGCACUGGUGGGAUGUCGCUUGGGCACGGGCCGUCGGCUGGUUUCGGAGCCGCCGGGCGCGGCGGCGGCAGCCACCAGGGAAAUUCUUCCCCCUCGCAAGGGGAGUCUACGAGGCUAGCCCAGGAAGAGAACGCAAGGCUCCGAGAUCAGGUGCAGCAUCUCGAGCGGCUGCUUGCAGCGGUGACGCCUUCAUCAUCAUUAGCAGCAGCAACAGGAGCAGAUGCACGACGUGGCAGGAAGCCGCCACCGACGGGAAGGCCCUCGAGCGCGGCGGGUUUCACGGACGCCUCCUCGCCAAGCAUCGCAGCGGCCGCUGCCGGUGGGGUGGUCCUUCAGCAGUACAAAGCGCAGAACAAGGCCCGUCUGAGUUUGGAGGUGGAGGGCACCCUUCUGGAAGUGGCAUCCAAGCUGGAGGAUCUGGCAGCUGGCAGCAGCAACAGCAGCAGCAGCAGGAGCGGCGGUGGCGUUGGUAGGGUGGCCCCGGCCUCGGGCAGCGACGCUGCGUCGUUGCAACCGGGCGCAGCGGCGGAGGCAGCAGCUGCCGGCUAUGGCGAAGGAGGGGACGGAGGCGGAGGCGAGGGCCUCAGCCGGGAACAGCUAAUGCAGCUGCAUAAGUGGAGUAAGCAGAUGCUUGGGCGGCUGCGCAGCGAAAAGUCCGAGUCUUCAAAGCUCUUCACCCAACAAGCAUACGACAGUGGGGGGUCCCGGGCCGGCGGCCUUUUAGGCGGUCAUAGAGCGGCGUCAUGGGGCAACCGCAGCGCCGCUGCCGCCGUUGCCGAUGGCACCAGCUUCUCCCCUUCGCUGGUGGAGGCGGGGGCGGAGGCGGCGCCAGAGGCGACGCAGCAGCGGAUGACCUCGCUGGUGCGUCUGGCGGCGGAGGUGGAGGUGGCGGAGGCACAGGUGCUGGCGGCUUUAGCGCCCAAGUUGGCGGCACUAUCUGUGCUGCUUAAAACGCAGCUACUGCCGGCCAUGCCGUGGCUGGGGUUGGAAGCGGCGGACCGGCUCCAGGCCGAGGUGGGUGAGGCGGCUGAGAGUGUAUCCCAGUCCGUGGAGGCCCUGGUGCAGCUGUGCAGCUUGCUUCCGGCGGGGGCGGCUGUGUUCGGGGAGGGACCCGUGGCGCAGGAGCCCAAGCGGAGAGCCGCGGAGUUGGACGCAGGUCGUGACAGUUGGUUGUACAGCAGUCCCGAGCUGUUGGACGCUCCGGAACCUUCUUCGCCGUCAGCCAGUGACGAUGACGCAGCCAUCGCACCCCUGCUGCGCGACCGCAAGACAGGCAGUAAGGCCCUUGCGGACAUCUUGGAGCCCGCUAGGGUCAAAUCUCAGGCGAGUUGCAUUGACAGGAUCGCCAGGUUGACUUCAGGAGCUCAGCUUAUCGGGUCGGCCGCAGCCAAACGGGCGGUACUCGAGACCGAGCUGCGUUUUGCCGCGCGCGCGUCGGCCCUUCACGCUGAACAUGUGUCACAUCUGAUGCUUAGCGUGGGGAUGGCGCUGGAGGAAUGCCGAGGCGCCAAGGAUGCCGCCGCGAUCAAGUCGUACUUCAAUGCGGCCGCGGCUGUUCGGCAGGUCUUGGAAGGGGCGGACGCCUUGGAGGUCCACCCCUGUGAAACUUGCCUGAAGGCUCUGGUGGACAUCAUCCGGGUGCACCGGGAAACACUGGGUCGGGUUCCGGAGCUGCUCGUGAAUGCGCCCGCGGCGGAUGUGGAGGGCCGACUGCUGAGCAAGGUGGAGGAGCUGCACCAGGGAUUCAAGAAGGCUGUCAGUCGGUUAGAGGCACACAAGCGGCGCCAGUUGGACUCUAUGGCUGGCGGCAGCGGUGGUGGUGGUGGCGGUGGCGGCGGCAGCGCAGCACGGGAGGGGGACGCGGGCUCUGACUAUGACGAUGACUUCGAGGACUCUGGCGACGACGAGAGAAGCGGCGGCGGCGGGGAGGCCGGUCGCACUGGGCAGCGGGGCGGCAGCGCCGGCGGCCGGGAAUACACAUUCCCGUAG